AGGACCGCGCAGCGCAGGCCGUUGCCCCCGCCCGUGCCGGCGGCGUUAGGACCGCGCGGCGCAGUCCCCCCCACCGCCGCUCGGGGGCGCGUGCGCGGCGGGCGGCGCGUGCGCGCUGGGCAGGGAGCGGCCGGCCCGCAGGGUAUACAGCAUGGCCCAAACAGAGAAGAAAGGUGGGCUGCUCCGGAAAUCUUCAGCCUCCAAGAAGCCGUGGAAGGAGAAAGUUGUGUUGAUGUAUGAUGAGAUCUUCACGACAGAGGACCCCAGCAAAUGCAACCCUAGGUUUUGGGAGGAGCUAUUUCUCAUGAAGGUCAACUUGGAAUAUCUGGAAGGCAAGCUGGAGGCUUUGGAUGGGGAAGAGUUAAUGAAGAUAAAAGAUAACAUCAACUGCUUGUUUCAGCACUGCAUCCAGGCACUGGGUGAAGAGCACCCAAUCAGAGUGGUCAAUGCAUUGCAGACUCUGUGUGCAUUGAUUCGGGGAGUCCAUCAGAAGAACAAAUCCACUUCUGGGUUUGACAUCAUCAACAUGCUUGUGGGUUUUGAUAAGGCAGAGCUAUGUAUGAAGAAUCUGAUGGAGAGCUUGGACUCGCUUCUCUGUGCAGAAGGUUCUGAAAGCCUCAAAAGUCUGUGUCUGAAGCUACUUCUCUGCUUGGUGACGGUGACAGAUAACAUUAGCCAGAACACCAUCCUGGAGUAUGUGAUGAUUAACAGCAUAUUUGAAGCUAUUUUACAGAUCCUGUCUAGCCCACUUAGUCGCAGGGAACAUGGCUAUGAUGCUGUUGUCCUCCUUGCCUUGCUGGUCAACUACAGAAAGUACGAGUCAGUGAAUCCGUACAUUGUGAAGCUCUCUAUCGUGGAUGAUGAAGCUACACUCAAUGGAAUGGGGCUUGUAAUUGCCCAGGCUUUAUCAGAAUAUAACAGGCAAUACAAGGAUAAGGAAGAGGAGCACCAGAGUGGUUUCUUCUCAGCCCUGACUAAUAUGGUGGGCAGCAUGUUCAUAGCGGAUGCUGAUGAGAAGAUCUCAGUCCAAACUAAUGAAGCAAUCCUCUUGGCCCUCUAUGAAGCUGUUCACUUAAACCGGAAUUUCAUCACAGUUCUUGCACAAAGCCAUCCUGAAAUGGGGCUGAUGACAACACCAACAAGCCCAAUUCCAACAACACCUGUCACUCCACUUGGAACCACCCCGCCUUCUUCAGAUGUUAUAAGCUCUGCAGAGCUGCCUUUGGAUGCUGAUGUGCAAACUAGCAACCUGCUGAUAACCUUCUUGAAGUACAGCUCGAUUGUGAUGCAGGACACAAAAGAUGAGCACCGGCUACACAGUGGCAAGCUGUGUCUGAUUAUCCUGACGUGCAUAGCAGAGGAUCAAUAUGCUAAUGCUUUUCUCCAUGAUGAUAACAUGAAUUUUCGAGUAAACCUACACAGGAUGCCAAUGCGACAUAGGAAGAAAGCAGCAGACAAGAACCUGCCCUGUCGCCCGCUGGUGUGUGCAGUUCUUGAUUUGAUGGUGGAAUUCAUUGUAACACACAUGAUGAAAGAAUUUCCUAUGGAUCUCUAUGUCCGCUGCAUUCAGAUUGUGCACAAGCUGCUGUGCUACCAGAAGAAAUGCAGAGUGAGGCUUCAUUACACCUGGAGGGAGCUCUGGUCAGCUUUGAUCAACUUGUUGAAGUUCCUCAUGUCUAACGAGACUGUGUUGCUGGCCAAGCACAACAUCUUCACCCUUGCUCUCAUGGUUGUGAACCUGUUCAACAUGUUCAUCACUUAUGGAGACACCUUUCUCCCCACUCCCAGUAGCUAUGAUGAGCUGUAUUACGAAAUCAUUCGGAUGCACCAGAAUUUUGACAACCUUUAUUCUAUGGUUCUAAGGCUUUCUACCAAUGCUGGUCAAUGGAAAGAGCCUGCAAGCAAGGUGACCCAUGCGUUAGUCAAUAUUAGAGCCAUCAUCAAUCACUUCAACCCGAAGAUAGAGUCUUACGCUGCGGUGAAUCACAUAUCCCAACUCUCUGAGGAUCAGGUUCUGGAAGUGGUACGAUCCAACUACGACACGCUGACACUGAAACUGCAGGAUGGACUGGACCAGUAUGAGCGCUACUCAGAGCAGCAUAAAGAGGCUGCCUUCUUCAAAGAGCUGGUUCGGUCCAUCAGCAUCAAUGUGAGGAAGAACCUUGCUUUCAACACGCUGAGCCAGGAACUGCUGCUGAAGGAAUUCUCUACAAUCUCUUGAAGCAAGGAUGCAGCCACUGUGCAGGGCUGACCAGAGACGAGCCUAUCUGGGCAGGGACACUACGGAUCUACAGCCAGUCGUCUCUUGCCUUUCACCUGCAGAAGGGACUGCAUUUCUUCUAGGGGAGAGCCAUGCUGCUGUGUGUUUGAUCCCAAAGGCAUGAGUUUCAACAGGACUGGGGCUGAGGAGAGAUGAUCAGCAUAUUGAGGAGGAGAAAGCAAUUUUGUAAGGUGCCAUGGGGGUGGGCAGCCGUUCCUGUGACGUAGCAAUGGGAGAUUCCCUCCGCAGCCUCAGGGAAGAUGCACUGGAAACCUUUGUAGCAGAGCUGGGAAGAGCUCACAACUGAAAUAAUAAAACCAGUCCAGCUGUGUGAGACAGUUCUGGGUUGAGAUCGCUCGUCUGCCCCAAGGGUGAGCGCUGUUCUUUUCCAUCAGCCUGGAUCAACCCGCCUUCCUGCCAUGAAGGUCAAAUCCACUGCUGUCCCACUGGGAAUGGCUUUGGUUUAUAAAACAGUUUCCCCCAGGAGCAGACCCUGCUCACUGCUGGCUCCUGAUGUCAGAAGGUGUCACUUGAGCGAAGCCAUUGGAGUACUAUAGAAGGAGAAAUUUUGCCUCCAAGGCUGUUGCCUUACAGGGUGCAGUCUGAAUCUGGAUGCAAGAAAAUGGGUCAUCAAACAGGGCACUUGGUAACAGGAGACCAGCUCUGCUGGGGGUCACUGUUGCUUCUGCCAGCCCAGCUCAUCUCUGCUGUUUCUAGGGUCCAGGGGCUUUACUCCACUCUCAUGGGGCAGAGGACAGGCUGACUCCCUCCCUCACUCUCCUUAUUGCCCAUCAGAGACUGCAUUGCGACAAUCCUACUCUUCCUCACAGGAACGUCUGCCUUGCACGUGUUUGCAAGUGCCUGGUGGUCUUCAUGAGCUAAGUAGUUCCCAGUUUUUCCCUUGUGUGUAGCACACAGUUAAAGUGCAGCUGGAGCAGUUAUUUGCUUUAUAGCUUGGCCUCUCAUCUUCACCAAGCGACUUGCAGCAACAGCCUGCUGAGAACUUCCUAACGAAAUGCUCUGGGGCACGGGCAGACCUUUGUGCUCCAGAGCCAGUGCUUCAGAGGUGCCCAGCUCUGGCAAAGCCUGUUCCAAGUGCUGUGUCAGGCUGCCAACUCAGGAAUACACAGCAUAAACACACCCACCCCCUGCUUGUGCAUUUUCAGGCUCCCGGCAGUGAUGUUAGAUUCUGUCCUGACUCGGUCGAAGCAGAGAAUUUAUUUACAUCCCAGAUCCACCUUUUUUUUCCACCCUAGAAAACAGUUUUUUGAAACAAAGUGCCUAGUCCUGCUCUCAGCCUCACAGGUUACAGAGUGCAAGUGGUGGGAAUGUCAUGCUCAUUUACUAGCAGUUUCAGGCAAGGCUUAUUCAUGCUAACUUGUGUUAGUUGCAUUAAUGUUUCAUCUUUACCUGCCAUGAGCAUGGGAAACGGAAAGCUGUGUCCUUGGCCACCCACUGAAGACCGUAUAUUUUCUUUGGAGGCGCCAGCUUCUCCCAGCAGAGGUUACUUUGCCUCAGCAUGGAAUUGUCUGGCUUUUAUCAUCUAAGCCAGAUGCUUAUUUGCUUUCCUGCCUUGCAAGUGUGUGGAAGUGUAUACAUGUCAGAGGGACGGUGCUUGGGAGAGCAAGCAGGCUCCAUAAAAUCACUUUGCUUGAGAACAGGCCGGGAUAGGUGAAAGGAGGCAGCUUCUCCAGUGGCAAAUGGGCACCAUUGUCUGUACGCGUGGGGGGCUCUUGCUAGAUGAUCUUGCCUCUGAGGGGGGGAAUCUUGUCUUAAAGGGGCUUGAGGUGCAGUCACGGCACUGCUGCUGCCAGAUCACAGUCUUCCAGCUGUCCACAUGCCUCCUUUUCUCUGAUCCCAUUUAGGCUUCGACUAGACAGACAGGGGAGGGAGACAGGAGUGCCUCUGCCUUGGCAGCCUCUGGGACUUUUCAAGUUUUCCCUCUGGGCUCAGCUACCGAAGGUCUGGUCUCCACAGGGCACUCUCUUGCUGGGGUGAACUGAGAAGCCCAGGCUGUGAUUGGGAGCAGGUCCUGAGAUUGGCCCUCAUCCACGGCUGAGCUGGGAGAGACCGUGACAAGUCCUCUUGUCACAUUGUCACCAAACCAAGCACUGUAAAUGGAUGUACAUACAAACCUAGCGCUCAAUAAAUAGCAGAGCCCUGCCUGUCCAGUGUGUCCUGUGU